AAGUGCGAACAACUCGGAGGACAACGGAAGAGCUUCGCUGAGAGUCGUGGACGACAUCUACAAAACCCACUGUUUGUUCAUAUUUCCCUCUACAAAUAGUUUUUUGUUUAGAGCUACAUUUAUCUUCGAGUGUAGCAGUUGAUUUGUUACGAAAAUGGGCAGGAGCAGGAGUCGAACUCCUCCGAGAAGAGAGAGAAGACGUUCUCGUUCAACUUCACGGGAGCGUGAGCGAAGGCGAAGGGAGAGGGAUCGCUCUCGUUCUCGAGAUCGGGAUAGGGAGAGGCGCAGAAGUCGCUCACGGUCUCCUCACAGGAGACGCUCAAGGUCUCCUCCCAGACGCCAUCGCUCCUCCUCCCCGUCUCCUGUGAGACAAAAGGACAGACGUGAAGAUGAUCGAAAAGAGGCCAAGGAAAAGCCGGGAAAGCCUAUUCAGAUCUCAGCGGAGGACAUGAAGGACAAAACAGAGGAGGAAAUUGAGAUGAUGAAACUGAUGGGAUUUGGUUCCUUUGAUACUACCAAGGGGAAGAAAACUGACGGAUCAGUAAAUGCUUAUGCUGUCAACGUGACCAUGAAGAGAAAAUACAGGCAGUACAUGAACAGAAAAGGUGGAUUCAACAGACCACUGGACUUCAUUGCUUGAAAGUCUCAUCGACGUGUCUCCUGAGUUUACCUCCCCUUAGAGUAGCAGAUGACAUUGUGCUGUUUCUUGUUACAUCUAACUUGUUUUGUGUCAUGCAACAAAUGUGUAUAUACCUUUGCAGAAGUGAAUGCAUAAAUGUAAAUAGUACUUGCAGUAAGUUGCAGCAGAGUAUUGGUAGGGGACUGAGCUAUAUGUUGCUAAGAUACAUUAUGUUUUAUUUUAAAUAAAAGCGUUUUGCAAGGA